AUGUAAAUUGAAUUGGGGCGAAAAACCCUAAUUUGGUGGCGUGAAAACUCUGUCUUGCUAUAGUUUCAGCCAUCAAUCGCUCAAAUGUCGUCGUUGUUUUCAUUGUUCAGGUUUCGUUCUUCUUCUAAUCCCACUUUUCUUAUUACCUUCUUAAGGCGAUUAUACUCUCACUCUCCAUUUCUUGUUAGUAAUAAUAAUAAUAAUAAUGUUGAUAAUGCUGUUUCCUCAUUCCAUUAUAUGCUCCGUAUGAAUCCAACCCCAUCCAUGGUACAAUUUAACAAGAUUUUAAUUUCCCUUGUUAAAAAUAACAACCAUUAUCACACUGCUAUUUCUCUUUCACACCAAUUGGAAUUCAAUGGAAUUAUGCCUAAUAUUUUUACUUUGACUAUAUUGAUCAAUUGUUACUGCCACGUUGGUCAUGUAACUUUUGCCUUUUCUAUAUUCGCCAAGAUUCUCAAAUUGGGUUAUCAGCCCAAUGUCAUAACCUUAAAUACUCUUAUCAAAGGUCUUUGUUUUAACGGUAAGGUGAAAGAAGCUCUGCAUUUUCACGACCAUGUGCUUGCAUGUGGAUUUCAUCUCAAUCAAGUUAGUUACGGGAUUUUGAUCAAUGGACUGUGUAAAAUAGGGGAAACAAGAGCUGCCUUGCAAGUUCUAAGACGAAUUGAAGGGAAAUUGGUCAAACCUAAUGUGGUAAUGUACACGACGAUUAUUGACAAUCUGUGUAAAGAUAAGCUUAUAAUAGAUGCUCGUGAUUUAUAUUUUGAAAUGAUUGCAAAGAAAGUUUCUCCUGAUGUUUUCACUUACACUGCGCUAAUCCAUGGCUUUUGUAUAGUUGGUCAAUUAAAAGAAGCAAUUGGAUUCUUAAAUGAAAUGGUAUUGAGAAAAAUCAAUGCUGAUGUUUUUAUCUUUAAUAUAUUUGUCGAUGAUUUAUGCAAGGAAGGGAAGGUGAAAGCAGCUAAAAAUGUGUUAGCUGUGAUGAUUAAACAAUGUGUCCAACCCGAUGUUGUUACUUAUACUUCGUUAAUGGAUGGGUAUUGCCUAAUUAAUGAAGUCAAUAAAGCCAAAGUUAUAUUCAACACUAUGGUUCAAAGAGGAGUGAUUCCUGAUGUUCAUUGCUAUAAUGUCAUGAUUAAUGGGUUGUGUAAGAUUAAAAUGAUGGAUGAAGCCAUGAAACUCUUCAUAGAAAUGCAAACCAAGAAGCUUAUUCCUGAUACAAUAACAUACACUUCUCUUAUUGAUGGUUUGUGCAAAUUAGGGAGAAUCUCUCAUGCUUGGAAACUUCUUGAUCAGAUGCAUGACAGAGGUCAAUUUGCCGAUGUAAUCACUUACAAUUCCUUGUUACAUGCUUUAUGUAAAAACCAUUAUGUUGACAACGCAAUUGCAUUGGUGAAGAAACUUAAAGAUCAUGGCAUUCAACCAGAUACAUACACAUACACUAUACUUAUCGAUGGACUAUGCAAAAGAGGACAACUUAAGAAUGCACGGGAUGUUUUUCAGGAUCUUUUAAUUAAGGGUUAUAGUCUAGAUAUCCGAACGUAUAAUGUUAUGAUCAACGGACUUUGUAAAGAGGGUUUGUUUGAUGAAGUAGAGGCUUUGUUGUCAAAAAUGGAGGAUAAUGGUAUCAUUCCUAAUGCUGUAACUUAUCAAACUACUAUUUUUGCUCUCUUUCAUAAAGAUGAGAAUGAAAAGGCGGAGAAACUUCUUCGGAAAAUGAUUUCUAGAGGUCUAAUGUAAGAAUAACUUUAGUAAUCCUUUAUCUUUGCAAUGUACUGUCAACCAGCCUCUUGGUUGUAAUCAGAAUGUAUCCAGCUCGAGUAUCAUAAGCUUCAGAGGUAUCAAUGUCAGCAGGUAGUUUUCUCGUCCUUACUGUAGUAGUGGCAGACUUGCACUUGCCUAUGCAGGAAAAGCAGAUUACAAAGGUGUUAUCUCAUAGAGGAAAGUUGAGUGUCGGUGCUGAAUUUCAUAGAGUGGCAGUAGCAAGGGUAUUUGGGGAGGCAACUUGGAUAGUUGGUUUGGAACUUAGUAAUUCCUCAAGUGUUGGUACAUUGAUAGAUUGGUUGCUGAAUUUUUAGUUUUGGAUUAUGGUAUCUUGAUUGCUAUUGUGCAGAUCAUUAGGGGAUGUAUUUGCUUGGCGGUGGACUGAAUGGUUGAACUCACAACGCAGCCAUGUUGUAAGAGUGCAUUUGGCUUCAGCCUGUUAUGCUGAGAUGAUACUCCAAAUUUCUGCAGGCGGCAAACAUUUUAGGGGCAGGAUUUGAUUUUUUGGCGACUAGGAUUGACCAUCCCCUUGGAAGCAUUUUAGGGGCCGGUUUCGGUUUCUUGUAUUUUAUACUCCAUUCUUAUUUUUUGCACACCUUGUGCUUUUUAAUAAAAUAUAUUCUUUUCAGUGUUGCGAAAAAAUAAAAUAAAUAGCAAACUCAUGCAAUUGUAGUUAUUAUUGUGUUGGUUUAUUGGUUAUGCGAAUAUUGUUUUCUUAUCCUA